AUGCAGAUUUUCAACCUUGCUGCGGUUUCACUUUUCAUUGGCAGCUCUUUCGCUGCAGACUGCUUUGGAACACCAGGUAUCGGCAACAAAUUCAUAGAGGGAUACUGGGAUGCUCGCCAAAAAAUGUGCAGUAACACAGAGUGCGCCUACCAGCAAGCGUGUACUGUUCGGACAUCGAAGAAAUACACAGCUAUUGGUAGCGCUACCCUACAGAUCGAAAUCAAGCGUAAGAAUACUGCUGGAAAAGCGGGAUUUAAAGAUUGCUGGGAUGCUACUGAGAAUAUCAUCGUCCAGUGUGUGAGGGAGAAUGAUCUGUACAGUGGGUCUUGGCAGGCUAAUGGACAAUUGUACCAAAUCAAUGGGUGGUACGAUUAA